AGCAGCAGAACUUGAGCACCAUCACUAACAAUAACAGCAGUGUAAUAUGUUGCUUCUUGUCACUCAUUUUAACGUGUUUAGUUGAACGCACACGGAGAGCCAACAGGCGGAUAACAACGAAGAACUGGAGCCUACUGACAACCAAAUAGUUUUUUGGUGGGCAACAAGCGCGCGUGGGUAAAUGACACCGCCGAGCAUCUUGUGACAGAGAGCGCACGCUAGUUGUGUGAGACUCCGAGUCCGAGAUAACGAUUUGCCUCAUAGUUUAUACCGACAUACUUUACAGCAUCGAAACCAGAAUGACUCGUUAGAAUAUUGAUCCUUCUAAGGGUUGAAACGUCAAAACCGCUAUUACCAAACCUACAUUGCACUCUCCAUAGUUUCACAUACCAAGCGCUAGGAGCGAUGAAGACGAAAAACCGUGACCAAAGCUUGUCGGAUUCCCGGGAGCUGGACGGUUCGUAUGACCAACUCACGGGUAAUCCUCCCAGCAGCCAAAGCAAAAAAACCAUUAAGCAGCGCUUCCUCAAGCUGCUCCCCUGCUGCACCCCCGACGCCCCUCCCUCUGUCAGUCAAUGCAACAUCGAGGAUGACUUUGAGCUGUCCACGGUGUGCCACCGGCCCGAGGGCCUGGACAAGCUGCAGGAGCAGACCAGGUUCACCAAGAAGGAGCUGAAGGUCCUCUACAGAGGCUUCAAAAAUGAGUGUCCAUGCGGCGUGGUGAAUGAAGAGAACUUCAAGACCAUCUACUCCCAGUUCUUCCCUCAGGGAGACUCCAGUACAUAUGCUCACUUCCUGUUUGAAGCCUUCGACACCAACAAGAAUGGAACCGUUAGUUUUGAGGACUUUGUAUUCGGCUUGUCUAUCAUUCUGAGAGGAACUAUCACAGACAGGCUAAACUGGGCCUUCAACCUGUAUGACCUUAACAAGGACGGCUGCAUCACCAAAGAGGAGAUGAUGGACAUCAUGAGGUCCAUCUAUGACAUGAUGGGGAAGUGCACCUACCCCUCUAUGCAGGACGACGCCCCCAGAGAGCAUGUGGAGAGCUUCUUUCAGAAAAUGGACCGUAACAAUGACGGGGUGGUCACUAUUGAGGAGUUCAUAGAGUCUUGCCAAAAGGAUGAGAACAUCAUGCAGUCCAUGCAGCUGUUUGACAACGUCAUCUAGUCAUUGAGUAAACCACAGAUUCAGAGAGGGCAGGCUGGGGGCGGUGUGUGUGUGUAUGUGUGUGUGCUGUAUACAUGUACACGUGUGCAUGAGGAUGUGAGGAUGUGAGACUGCUUUGAUCCAUGUCGUGCGUGCGUGAGUGUUUGUGGAGAUGUGUAAGUAGGAUAGUGGGAACUUCACCUCCCCCCUCCGUCCCUCUCUCGCUCGCUCUUCUCUGUCCUUACCUGUCGACAACACGAGCGGUCCUCAUCCCUCCAUCCAGUCGCCCUUCUCCCGCCCGGCGACGGAAAUAAAAGAGGCUGGCCCCUAGACUCGACACGCCCACACUGCUGUCAUUCUCCUCCACGUGGACGCACCAGGAUUCUGCAGAUCUGGAGUCAGCUGCUUCCUCCCCAGAACCCUCUGGCUGGACUCUCAGUAAGACCAGACCCGCCCUCACCACUGACCCUGGAUCAGCAUGGAGCUUCUCUGACAGGAUCCAGGCUGAUGGGUCCGUGGAUGGGUGGGGGGGAUCAGAGGAGCACUCCCGCCCGGAGAUCAUGAACUCUGUCCACACGGCCCACUAAGAAGCCAGAGGACUUGUGGACAACAGAAGGAACGACACCGGAGAUGGGAACAACCAAACACAAAGAGAGACGUUACUGCUAAAGAGACAGAGAGAGAGAGAGAGAGAGAGAGAGAGAGAGAGAGAGAGAGAGAGAGAGGUGGAUUGGCAGAUGUGUAGAGAUUUGAACAUUUGUUUUUCGAUAAAUAGUUAAUUCUACUAUAGCAUGAUGAUGUCACAAAUAACCUAAUAUGUAUUUAUAGAGAAACUCCAAAGCUGUCUCUGUCUGUUUGUCUGUUCCCACAUCCACAGGCGCCUUGCAUGGCUGUGUAUGUGUGUGUGCACAUGUGUGUGUGUGUGUGGGAGAGAGAGGCCUUGCUGGUGUGAAAUCCUAUCGUAUACUCUCCCCUAGAAAUACACAAUGCUGGAUGAGUGUGUGCGUGUAUGUGUGUAUGCACAAGUAUAUACUGUGUGUGUGUUUCUCCAUGGGAAAAACUAGACUACCCAUUCAUAGUCUGCCCGCUGGCCUUCCACAACCGUAUAUGUCAGUGUGUUGUGACUGUUGUAUCUCUUCAAUAACAGUUUGUGUUGCUAACUCUUUACAUCGUACAGCUUUCACAUAGUUGACAUGCCACUUUGAAAAUCCCAGCUCCCUCCCCAGACAUUUAUGAAGCGAUUAAUAUGCUACAUUCAUGUUGGAGUCUACGGGAUUUUCGGAGCGAGACUGAAUCGAACAUGGCUCGUUUCGAGGUAAACGCGGUUCCCCUGGCAACUGAAAAGAGGGUUGUGAUGAAGACCGUAUUUACAGAAUGCAGUAGGUGCCUACUAGGCUAACGUGCAACAGCAGCAAAGUGCACUCUGUAUGUGCGUGUGUAUUCUCUCUUUUUGUAGGAAAAGUAAGACUAGAGCAAUACUUGUUUUAAAAAAACAUCCCUUUUCUUUUCUUUUUUUUUUUUUACAACAUCCCACACAUGACCUAUUACACAUCUGUUUGAGUGUCGGAGACUCAUGUGAGCUGCACUUUAUGUAUAUCUGUGUUUGUGUGUCUGUGUGUGUGUGUGUGUGUGUGUGUGUGUGUGGGAGGGAGAUAACCUUCACUUUUUCCACUCUCUAAAACACCAAAGAUUAACACAGUUAAGAAGCACUUAAGAAAUGUAUAUUGUUAAAGCAGCUAGUGAUACUGGAUGAAUCAUAAUUACUAGGAAGAUUGGAAAAACAGAACUGGAGGUGUAUGUGUGUGUGUGUGUGUGUGUGUGUGUGUGUGUGUGUGUGCGUGUCUGUGUUGUCAAGCUGUUCUGUUACCUAGAAUGCUAAUUCCAACUCAACAUCACCAAGGAUUUUUUUUAGAGAGAGAGGGAAAACAGACAGAGGGAGAGAGAGACAAAGAGAGACAAAGAGAGAGGGAGAGAGAGAGAAAGAGAGAGGGAGAUACCUUCUACUGGUGAUGAAAAACAGGUGAUAACCUGCUUCAGAGCAUUGAAAGAAGAGGAUAGGAUAUUGAAUAAAUUGAGUAUUAAAACGGGAAGCGUUCCAAAAACCAAUUCUUUACUGAACGUACUUGACAGACUAUUCCCAUUUGAGGUCUCAUUUAAUACUAGUAUGCUUUACAAAAUCUACAAGAAAGUAUUUCAAAGUCUUCUCAGUAGUGUACUGUCUGCAGCGUGGUUCAGGUCCAUGGAGAGAUGUCUUUGUUGUACUUACCUGCACUUCCAGCUAACCCCUUGUCAUUUUUCUCACAUUAUAACACUGAAAUAUAUUUUCACCAUAUUCACCAUAUAAAAACAACCUUUCUUGUUUUUCCUUUGGGAUAAAGCGCCCUGGCUCUGUGUGUCCCUUAGCUGCUGCCGUAGGUGACUUCCACCCUGUCUACCUGAGGGGAGCCCUGUUUAUCUUUGCAUGUACUAUGUCUAGAGCAACAAAAACCUGCUGACCUGGUGUAGCCUACAGACUGUCUAGUUUGCUAGCCUCAACUGGUUGCAUUGCAUAUUAUUCAAGAUGUGUAUAUUUUGUACAGAGACAAUA